AUGACAGUUGCAGCCGCAUGCCUCGACUUUACCGCCAUCGUCAAUUACUGGCGAGAAGAGAUCGGUAGAAUGAGCGAGGAGGUGUCAUUGAGGAAUCAGGGGAGAAGAACCAGAUCGUCGUCCUGCCCGAGAUCAGCUGACAACUGCCUCGUUUCCAAGAUCGUCAGCCAUGAAGAAUAUGUUCCGAGAUUCACGGGGAACAUGAAGAGGACCCUUCUUUUGGUAUUUAUCCACGGUUUCAAGGGCGGAGACGAUACGUUUGGGAGCUUUCCUGCCCAUCUUCGCGCUUUAGUUAGUCAUGCGCUGCCGAAUAUAGAAGUCACUGCGGUGGUUUACCCCAAGUUUGAGACGAAGGGGGAUUUGAACGGAUGUGUGGUCAGAUUUCGAGAAUGGCUCCAAAAUACGGUUAUCGACGUGGAAGUCGCAAAUGGAACACCUUCUCCCACCGUUGACCCGUCUGUACAUGUCUUUUUAAUUGGCCAUUCGAUGGGUGGAAUUGUUGCCGCGGAGACCCUCCUUCUUCUGGCGUCGGAACAGCUCUUGCCCACCCCGUCAAGUAUUUCAUCGUCAAAGACGUCAGAGGCAGAGGGCAAUCCGGUAGAAGCUAACACAUUCAUGUUUCCUCACAUCCAAGGACUACUUGCAUUUGACACUCCAUUCCUCGGUAUCGCUCCCGGAGUUGUCUCAUACACGGCUGAAAAUCAUUAUAAAACGGCCACUGCUGCAUACGGGGCGAUUUCGGAGGUAGCUGGUGUAUUUGGCUGGGGAGGUGCCAAAACAAGCGAAAAUAAGACUGGAAACACUCCUUCAACAGACGGAAAUACAAAAUCUGCUGCGUCCGCCCUUACUCCUGCUACGAGUACUUCAAACACAUCUUCCUCCACAGAUGAUGCAGCCGCCACUCCAUCUUGGCAGCGCUGGGGGCGGUAUGCCAUGUAUGCGGGAGCUGCAGGCGCCGUUGCAGCCGGCGGAGCAGCAGCAUUAUACUCCCAGCGCGACAAAUUUCUAGAAGGCUGGAGCUGGGCUACCUCACAUUUAGAGUUUGUAGGCUGUCUCGCGCGGCCUGAAGAACUACGACGACGCGUAUCAGCGACCGCAAAGCUGCAGCAGGAGCGAGGUAUUGGUUGCGCGGAUUUUUACACAUGUUUAGGGAAGGGAGCAGUCGCUGCGCCAGCUAAUAGCAGUACCAGCACAUCGUCCCCGGCCUCGUCUCUUAGUCGGUAUAUAUUACGCUCAAAGAUGCGAACAUUCUGCAACCUCCCGGCAGAUGUUGAUGAAGGUGAAAACAAAGAUGAUGUCAAGGCGAAAUACAGCGAUAUGUCGGGGAUCAAAUGGAUCAAAGCUACAAAUGAUAAAGCAACUGAUGAAACAAAAGCACACAUGAGCAUGUUUUCCCCCUUGGAAAAUCCGUCUUUCUAUGAUCUGGCGCAGCAGGCUUGCGAACUGUUGAUUGAAUGGGUUGAUAGAGGGUGGUACUUGUAUGCUACUCCUGCUUGUAGUGGUGAUGGUAGCAGCAGUAAUCCAAACGACAACGGUCGAGAUUCGAGCCGUGACUACGAUAGAGAGAAAGAGUUCGUGGAAAGCGAAGAUGAUGUUGUUCUUGUUGAUUAGAACGAGUUUGUGACGGGUAUUAAUACCUUACUCACAAUGUCGGUAGUAAAUUUGUUUAGAGAGGGCGUUAUGGUGUACUUUUGUAAGAGGAGCAGGGAAUAAACUAUUGAAUGCUGCACGAAGAGGCAAGAUGGAUGACGAAGACGGAGCUAUCAGUACGUUUCUAU